AUGCCCGCUGUUACUCGCCUCACCGCAUGGAAGUUUGUGAAAGGGACAACCAAUGAGCAGAAGCGCCAGGCUCGCGGCGCCCUAUUGAAGCUCUACUCUGAUCUCGACCGCUUCGUGAACCAUGGCCCCAUUGGUGGCAAGAACAUCUCCAGGUUCAACCUCCAUAAGGAUUUAGAUCUCGCGUUCACCGUCGAGUUCAAGAGCGCACAAGCGCGCGAUGAGUUUGACGGACACCCUCUUCAUGAUACCGUGGUCGUGACGAAGUUGAGGCCUUUCAUUGCUGACAUCUUCGUCUUUGACUUAGUGAAGGACCAAUACGAGUAG